AUGUGCAUGCCCAAAGGUGCUCCGAGUCAGAGACGCCCAAGUGGUGCCCCUGUUAUGUUGAACUAUCCACAAAUGAGCACAGAGCAUGCACAACAAGACAUAACAGCCAAAUCUGGGGCACAUCACAACCCAGUCAUGGCCCCACCAGCCAGUCAGAUAUUCUGUGCUGAGAGCAAUCCAUUGCAAGAAUUUUCAUCACACUCAGGGAUGGUCGAACCUCAAGGUGAUACUCUACACAAUAGUUUUCAACAGCUGUAUCCAGUGCCUGGUAACCAUAACCAACAAAUAGCAGCACAGAUGAGCUUCCAGCAAAGCAGUCUUUUGCCAAUGGACCAUGGGUAUGAUAAUGGCUCGAGUCUUCAUACAACAAUUGCUCAGCUCAUUGCAGAGAACCAGCAGCUGUCCAACAUGACUGAUGAGUUGUUUGUGACAAAAAAAAUACUCACAGAGCAGCUAAGGGUGACAAAGGAUGUUGUCGAAAGUCUGAAACCUAUCAUCUAUUCACUUUUUGCUGACUUUUGUGGAAUCAACUCUGCUCUGAGCUGUGGGAAGUGUGCUGAGUUACUGUGCACUGUCAAGCCUCUUGAAAAUAGAGAAGCACUUAGGAAGGUUGAUGGCAAUGAAAUCUGGCAUCCGAAUGGGAUGGGGAAGAUUGAUAAUGACAUUAAUGCACAAUUUCAUAAUCUGAAAUUGAGGAUGUUGGAUUUGAGCUUUUUCAAUAACAAUACCUAUGACAAGGGAAGUAUUACAGGAUACAGAGUUUUACAGUCUAGUCUUGAGGCCUAG